AUGUCUGCACUGCGGCUUCUGUGGGUCCCUGUGCUGUUGUGUUUAACACACGCUUGGCUCUGCCAUGGGGUGUGUGUGGAAGUGGAUUCCGACACGGAGGCAGUGAUGGGGAAAGGCUUCAAAUUGGCCUGUAUCUCUUGCAAGAUGAGAGGGGAAGUACCAGCCUUUGCCACAGUGGACUGGUGGUUCAUGGCCAAAGGCGAGAGUGAAUUUGUACACAUCUACAGUUAUGCAAAUAUGUCAGGCUACAUAGUGGAUGACCGCUUCGAUGACCGCCUGGCCUGGAAUGGCAGUAAAAAAACCAAUGAUGUGCAGGACGGCUCAAUUUUCAUACUUAACGUCACCUUCAACGACACCGGCACCUAUCGAUGUUUCUUCGACCGCACCCUUGUCUUCCCCAAAUACAAGUACCGCACCGACGCUACCAAGUUUAUCAACAUCAAUGUAGUAGGCAAAGCUACAAGAGGAAUGGCAUCCAUCUUUUCUGAGAUCAUAAUGUACGUGUCCCUCAUCGUCUUGCAGUUAUGGCUGUUGGUGGAGAUGGUCUACUGUUACAGGACGAUCGCAGCAGCUGAAAAAAUACCGAGAGCGAGCGUGUCCAAAAAAAGUCUCAAGCCAAAAGCUUGA